AUGGAAUCCAAGAGCGUCAAAUGUUUUCUUAAUGCCAAAACAAUUCUAGUAACCGGUGUAACCGGCUUCCUGGGCAAAAUUUUUGUGGAAAAGAUACUCAGAGUUCAGCCAAAUGUGAAGAAGCUGUAUCUUUUUCUGAGAGCUAAGAAUUGUGAAUCUGCAAACCAACGUUUCAACGAUGAGAUUAUAGGAAAAGACUUGUUUACAUUGCUGAAGGAAAAUCAAGGUAUAAAAUUCAACUCCUUUGUCUCUGAAAAGGUGACUAUAGUACCCGGAGACAUUUCACAAGAAGACUUGUAUUUGAAGGAAUCAAUUCUAGAGGAGGAGAUUUGUAAUCAAACAAAUAUUAUUGUUAAUUUGGCUGCAUCAACUAAAUUUGAUGAAAGAUACGAUGUUGCAUUGAAUAUAAAUACAUUAGGAGUCAAGAAUGUUUUGGACUUUGCCAAAAAAUGUGUUAAACUAGAGGUGGUUGUCCAUGUUUCAACAGCUUAUGUGUGUGGUGAGAGAGGAGGACUCAUAUUAGAGGAUCCUCAUCGUUUUGGUGUGUCAUUAAAUGGAAUCCCCGGACUAAGCAUUGAUAUGGAAAAGGAAAUGGUCGAGGAGAAAUUAAAUAAGUUUCGAGUAGAGGGAGCAACAGAACAAGAGAUUAAAAAAGCAAUGAAGGACUUGGGCAUGGAAAGAGCAACUAAAUAUGGAUGGCCAAACACAUACGCAUUUACAAAAGGAAUGGGAGAAAUGCUUGUGGAAACUUCCAAAAGAAACAUGCCUGUUGUUAUUGUUCGUCCUACCAUUGUUACUAGCACGUAUAGAGAACCUUUCCCUGGUUGGGUUGAAGGCAUAAGGACCAUAGACAGUAUAGUUGUUGCUUAUGGUAAAGGAAAAUUGACAAGCUUCUUGGCAGAUCUCGAUGCUGUUUUUGAUGUGGUGAAGGCUGACAUGGUGGUAAAUGCAAUUAUAGUAACUAUGAUGGCUCAUGCAAAUCAACCUAGUGAUGAUCAUAUGAUAUAUCAGGUUGGUUCCUCUAUUAGAAAUCCAAUAACAUACCGUACUUUUAGAGAAUAUAACUUUAAAUAUUUCACGGUAAAACCAUGGAUAAACAGAGAUGGAACUAUGAGAAGAUUAGGGAAGUCCACACUUUGGCCCAAAAUUGAUUCAUAUAUUAGAUACUUUUUCUUAUGGUUUUUGUUAGUUAUUUCUGUAUUAGAGCUGGUCAAUAAACUGCUAUGCCAAUAUUUUCAAGGGAUGUGCCUCGACCUAAAUCGAAAAAUUAAUAUUGUUAUGCGGCUGGUCGAUCUUUAUCUACCUUACUUGUUCUUCAAUGGCAUAUUUGAUGAUAUGAAUACGCAAAGGUUGCUAUCAGCCGCAAAACAAGAAGAUGUGGAAAUGGAUUUAUUUUACUUUGACUCUCAAAUCAUUGAUUGGGAAGAUUAUUUCAUGAAUAUCCAUAUUCUCGGUAUCUUCAAGUAUGCCUUGAAGUGAUGUGUAUAUGAUCAAACAGUUCACUAUUUGCACCCAUUUUUUUAUCCAAAAAUAAAUGUGUGAUUAUUGUUAACGUAUGUUUUAUUGUAUUAAUGGAUACUCAAACUAGGUAUAAAACGGAGAAAAUUUAGCAAGUGUAUUUUGAUCGAACACAUAGGGAAUCAUUGAAAAUUUUACGCAUUUUAACAUGCGAACGAGUAUAUAUAUAAGACAUAAUA